GCAGACCACCGCGCGAGGCGAGCAGCUCCUUGUGCCCCCGUCAGCGAGCAAGCGCUGCAGCUAGGGAACACACAAACUCACCACCAGCACACCAUGCCGCUUCCCUCCAAGAUCGCACUGCACUUGGCCCGCUUCGCCGCCGCAUCCGCCAGCGUUGCAGCAGCCGGCAGCAGCGCCGCGGCAGCCGCCGCCGCCGCUGCCGCUUCUUCUUCUUCUUCCUCCUCGGCGGCGACAGCGUGGGGACUCGGCGCAGGCGCUGGCGCAGCUGGCGUUGGCAGCGCAAAAUGGAGCGCCGGUAGGGGCGCAUACGCCAACUACCAGCAUCUUCUCGCCCAAGCUCAGCAGGCCCAGCCCAACACCAUCGCUCCCCAACGCGCCGAGAAUGACGACGAACUCGACGACGACGACAACGACACCCCUCUCCUUGCAUCUUCGUCGUCUCCCUCUUCCCGCCAUAUAGACUCGAGCAACUGCAUACGCGCACGUAGCGAUCGCCGCGGCAGGCAGCGCAGCCGCCCAAUCGCGCAGCAGCAGCAGCCAGAGCAUGAGCAGCAGGGCGAAAGGGUGCUGGUAGCAGGGCAUAGAGGCGACCCACAACACCGCAAGACGACCGUAACCACUGCGCCACUCCUAACGACGACUAAUCCGCAGCAGGCGCAGCUGCAGGAGCGCCUCGGGCGCGUAUUCGCCGCCGCUGGCCUGCCACCCUCGCCACUGCCACCGCCACCGCGCGCUUCGCACGUCCAUACCGGAAAGCCGGCGAAGGCGGAAGCGGAGACGCAAGUGAACGACGCGCUAGCAGCCUACCACGCCCGACUCGUGCGGCAAGGCGGACGCAGGCGUACCGUGAGCCUUGGCGCGCUUACCCAGAACGCACCAUUUCAUGCACCGCCGCAUGCACCACCGCACGCGCACGCCCUGCACACAUCGGCAUGCGCGCUGCUCGCCGAGGCCGCCGCGCAGGUGCGCGCAGAUGACGCGCUGAACACGCGCCUCGCGGCUCUGCAUGCGCGCGAGUUCGAUGCACACGCUUCCGAUGCGCUCCGCGCCGCCACAAAGCGCCGCGCAUCCUCGGAGCUUCCAGCAGGCGACGAGGCAACAACCGAAACCGACGAAAGCCGUGUGCGCAGCGGGAGGCCGCAUGUGAGUGCCGCGCAGCAGGCGUUCUUUGAACGCGCGCUGCUUCUGCGCAACACCCUGCUGCACAUGCACUCGGGCCCUGCUGCCGCGCAGCGCCUUCUGGCCGACUUUUGCGCGCUUUUCCCUGCGCCAGCCGACCGCUGGGUCGGCGGGUACAACGUCGUCAUGGAAGUCUUGCUCGCUGCGCAUGCGCAGGCGCGCAGCAAAAGCAAGGUCCGCCCAGACGAGGUCGUGCAGCUGUACCUGCAGAUGAUCCAGGACGGGCUCAUGCCUAACGCGCGCACGCUCUCUUCUGUCAUCGACGCGCUGUGCAGAAACCCGGCCGCGCAGACGUUUGCGCCCAAGGACCACCACCGUGGGAGUGGGAGUGGCAGCAGCAGCAGCAAGCAGCCGCUGUCCAACUAUGCGCAGGCGGUCUCACUCUUGCGCGCUGCGCACGCCUCGCGUCGCCGUCCAUAUACUCUAGCACCGUACCACGCGCUGUUGCGCGCCGCGGCGAAGCGCGCCGACGAGGCCACCGCGCUCGAGGCUCUCGCGCUGCUCGAGGCGCAUCCCGCGCCGAUGCGACCCAACGCGACGACGUUCGAGCUGCUGCUCGCGUGCUUUGCUGGCGGCGAGAGCGUGCUGCAGCACGCGCUGCGCCCGCGCGCACAUGCUGCCUGCGGCACCGGCGACAGCGUCACCCUCACGCAGCCAGAGACCAAGCUUAAAGUUGUGCGCUCCAUCUUUCAGGAUUUCCUCGCGCAACAGCAGUCGCAACCUGCUGCAGCCGACGAGGCGAAUGCGGACGUGGACGCCGACACCCAAGCGGCUCUGGCCCCCGCGAGCACGAUGCAUGUCUGGCAUGCCUUCAUUAACGCGCUCUUCCUCCUCGGCGACGUCCCUGGCGCCAUGCACGUGCUGGGAGAAAUGCUUCAGCGCGCUUCUACCGCGGCUGCAUUAUCGCCGCAAGCAGGCGAGACGCAGUCUGUGCAAGAUGCCGGAGAAGAAGAUGCGCAUUCCGUCGUCCUGCUCUCCGUUGCGCCGGCGCCAAACGGCGAUACGAUGGACGUGAUGCUCGCGGGUCUCCUGCACGCUGGGCAGUUCGAGCAGGCUGCCGAGUGGUACGCCAAGAUUAGCGAGCUCGCUGCCGCCGGUCUUGCUCAGCCCUCGGGCCGCAUCGCCGCGAGCGUCGCCACUGCGCUCGCGCAUGCCGAUGCGACCAGGUACUCACCGCUCCUCCGCCGCCUUGAUCUCGAUGCGCGCACGCCUGCCGCGCCCGUGCUGCUGCAAGCGUACCUCGCGCGCGACGACCACGACGCUGCGCUCGAGCUCGUCAAUCGCAUUCCCGCCGCCGCCGCGCCGCAGCUGCAUGAUGUGCUCGUGGCGCUCGUGCAGCGCCUCACAGCCGACGGGCGCACACGCGACGCCGCUGGCGUGUUCCAGCGCACCGUCGCAAUGCUCGUGCCUGCGAGCCGUCUACAGGACUCCGAGGCCAUCGUCUCCCUUGCGCUGCACCUCACGCAGCCGAGCGCGGGCCUCGUGCUGUCGGACGCACUGGAAAUGGUUGCGCUGCCCCUCUUCGAACGUUCGACGCUGGCGCUGGAGCCAGAGAGCGAGCUGCUGCUCAAUCUCGUCACGCUCUACUACGCCACGCCAGACGCUGCUGACAGGAUCAGUGUCUCGGAUCGCGCGCUGAGCCUGCUCAUUCGAGCUUUCGCCGCGCACCUCGCGAGCGUUGCCGUCUCCCGCGCUGAGGCCGAGCUCGCUCCUGAGCUCCGCCUGCUGCUACAGGACGCUGCGCAGCGUCCACAAGCGCAAGCGCGCAGCGCGCACCAGGGCCUCGACUGGUCCCCGCUUGCGGACAUCCUGCACGACCGCUAUGGCGCAGAUGGCAUUCGCAUGCUUGCUCCGUUCCUCGACCCCAGCUACAGGGACCUGCUUGCGGCGCAGCCGUGGCGCGUCGCUUCAUCCAGCGGCUCGCCCAGUCCGCCAGCAAGCUUCGUCUUUGAUCAGACCAGCGGCAACAGCGCCAGCGGUGAUGCCACGUCCGUCGCCUCUUCCGGCACGGCAUCAGGCUCGCCUCCCUUGCCCCAUGUUCACGUUAUCGAUGAGGACCUCUCCGAGCGCUUAGCGGCUUUGACAAAGCACUGGGACACCAACACGCUGCCUCAGAUACUCGACUUGCUCAAUGCCGCGCUUGCAGUCGGCGACUACCCGACGCCGCAGGUUCUCUCGGGGCUGAUCAACUAUGCAGGACGCAUGAAGGACGUCCCUACCCUAGACUACUUUCACAGCAUCGCCACGCACGUUCUCGGCACUGCUAGCGGGUCUGUCGGCUGGAAAGUAGAUGGAUGGCGCUUGGUCGAGAGUAGCAUGAUGGGCGCACUUGCCCACGCCGACCAGUUCGAGCGUGCCAAUCUGCAACGCCACUCGAUCAUCAGCUCCGGGCAGGUUCCGUCCGCCGACGCCUACGCCGCCCUCAUCGCUGUGAUCAAGGACACGACGGACGAUGCUUUAAUUGCGCAGGAGCUCUUCGACGAGUCGCAGCGCCUCGGCGUCCGGCCGAAUGUUUACCUAUUCAACACAAUUAUCUCUAAGCUCUCCCGCGCCCGCAAGGCCGACCGCGCGCUGCAGCUCUUUGCACAGAUGCAGGCACUCGGCAUCCGCCCCAGCAGCGUCUCGUACGGCGCCGCGAUCAACGCCUGCACGCGCAUCGGCGAUGAGGCCAAGGCCCGGGAGCUCUUCCACGAGAUGGAGAGCGAUCGCGGCUUCCGGCCGCGCGUGCCGCCGUAUAAUUGCAUGAUCCAGUUUUACGUUCACACCCAGCCGGACAAGAAAAAGGCGAUGUUCUACCUCGAUAAACUCCGACAAGCGCGCGUGCAGCCCAGUGCGCACACGUACAAGCUCAUUCUGGACCUGCACGGAACAAUAGAGCCCGUUGACGAGCGCCUGAUGCACGAGGCUUUCGAAGAGAUUGUACAGAACCGGCAAAUACCUGUGCAGGGUACACACUGGGCGUCCUUGAUCACUAGUCACGGAGUCGCCUUGAAGGACCUCCCACGAGCAGAGCAAAUCUUCCAGUCCAUCGCCCAGCAUCCCUCCAGCCUCCGUGGCGGACAGCAACUGCCAGACGCCGUGUGCUACGAGGCGCUGCUGGCUGUCUAUGCAGCUCAUAAUGAGAUUCCCCGCAUGCGCCAGCAACUUGCUGCCGCCCUUGACAAAGGCAUCCGUCCCACGGCAUACCUCGCGAAUGUGUUCAUCAAGGCGCUCGGUCGCGCCGGACCAGCCGAGCUUGACGAAGCACGCGCAAUCUUUUUCCAGAUGAUCGACCCCGCCGUCGGCGUCGCCGCCGCGGGCAACCACGGACCGCGGACGCAUGGCGCUGGUGCCUUGGCGACGCCUGAUGCGCAGGCGAUGUCGCAGCGGGACUCUGCGCGCCUGCCACCCUUAGACCCUGCAUACCCUUGGAGGUCGGUUUUCCGCGAGCCCUCGACAUACGAGGAGAUGAUCCGCGCAGAACUCAACGCAAAUGAGCUCCACGCUGCGCACCAAUUGCUGCACCGCAUGGAGGCUCGCGCGUUCCCACCGCCGCUCGUUCUUCACACAGCAACGCUCAUUAGCGAUGCGGAAGCACGAGUUGCGGCUCCUAUCCACGAUGCUGCCGCUUCCUCAUCUUGAAACCGACCUUUUUUGCUCUGCAAGAAAUUACCAGUCCGAUGCACCAUCCCCUCUCUGCAUUUACAACAUGUAUCAUAGAUGCGGUUCGUAACAACGAAUCAGGUUUAAUG